UAGCGGUAAAGAUGACGCGUAACCAUUGUUAGCGUUUCCAUUAAAUAAUGGACUGUAUUUGUAUCAGGUACACGCAACACGUUUUGUAGAACCGUGCGUUUUAUUAAACAAACUUUACAAGUUCUGACGAAACGCCUUAUCCUACGUCACGAAUGGAAUACGUAAAAAUUCUCGGUACGAUAUUUCGCACGCAAGAUUUAUUUUUAAAUAGUGACACGCAUGAGAGUAGAGAACGGUUUGACUCUCGAUAGUCUCGAUCCUCUGAUUCUGCACGCUGAGAUCUAUCAAAAAUUGAAAAAGUGAUAAAUAUAACACACAGUCGUGAUGCUUGUUAAAAGAAGAGGGCGUUAGGCGUUGGUGCACGGUUGGCGUGUCCAGGCGUGUCGUCCACAGAUCCACGCUUGACGCUUGACACGAUAUCACGUUUCCAGUUCCUGAAUAUUGUUUACAUUCUCUCCAUUAUGGGUUUGUGUAAUAUCGAAUGUGUAGAAAGAAUAGCGCGAUAUCUCGAUGUUUCUCCAGGAAAGCUGGAAGUUUCUGAUAAAAACGUAGUAUUCAGUCCAGAAUAUGAAAAGACGUUGCCGCCCACUCAAGGCUUCAGCACUAUUGUGCAAGCGCUUGUAAGGAGUUCAAAAUGCUCCGAUAUACUUGGCUGUGUUGACACGGAGAAAGAAACACAAGCCGUGAUACAUCAGUGGUUAGAGUAUAUUGUAAUCUGUGUCAAUCAUGCGGCCGUUCCUGUCAAUGCUAAAAGAAUAUUAAAUGAAUUGAAUGCGGUAUUAAAAGAUGUACCAUAUAUAACUGGUACAAAGAAGACUGUCGCGGACAUUGCGUUGUAUUACGUUCUACAUUCUAUAAUGAAAGACGUCAACUAUCAGCAGAAGGCACAAUAUAUUCACGUGUCGCGAUGGUUCGACAAUAUCCAACAAGAAGAGAAGUUGAGACGAGAACUGGAUUUAAUAUCUUUUAAUUUAUUACAUCUAUUUCUGUAAUCGAGAUGUAAUGUUUUGAAUAUAUUUUUUAGUAUCUGCGAGA